AUGCGGAAAAUCUCGUCUGUUCUUUUGAAAAGAUCAAUAACCUCCUCGUUCUGCCACUUCUCCACUACAUCUUCUUGCACUCAAAGCAGUUUUCAAUAUGCUAAUUUGGUCGUCGAGAAGAACACCAAAAAGCAACGGCUUCCCAGUGACCCGUCGAAACUUGGAUUCGGUCGCUAUUUCUCCAACCAUAUGAUUGAUAUUGAUUGGGAUGUGAAGGAGGGUUGGUUCGCACCGAAAAUCAAGCCAUUCCAGAACUUUGCUAUUCACCCGGCAUCCAAAGUUUUGCACUAUGCACAACAGAUUUUUGAAGGGUUGAAGGCGUAUUAUGGAGUGGAUGGGAAGAUUCGUGUAUUCCGCCCGGAACUCAAUAUGGAGCGAAUGAGAAGAUCCGCCCGUCGCUCCACACUUCCGGAUUUCAACACUCGGGAGGCACUUCUCCUUAUUGAUGAGCUGAUUCGAAUCGAUGCGGAUCUUGUCCCAAAGACCGACCAAGCUUCGCUAUACAUCCGUCCGAUGAUGUUCGCAACCGAUCAGCACUUGGGAAUUGGUGAGAGUGCCCAAGCGAAAUGGGCGUGCUUCACAGCAAUUACCGGAAGUUAUUUCAAUUAUGAUAGGGGAAUUCGAUUGCUGGCUGACCCAGAAAUGGUUAGAUCCUGGAAGGGUGGUGUUGGACAGUACAAGAUGGGAUGUAAUUAUGCGCCGACGAUUUUUGUGGGGAAAAUGGCUGCGAUGCACGACUGUGACCAAGCAAUGUGGCUCUCCGGAGAAGACCGUCUUGUCACGGAAGCAGGAGCCAUGAACCUCUUUAUGCUAUGGACUAAUGAGGACAAUGAACUGGAACUCAUCACACCGCCUACGGAUUCAGGACUCCUUCUACCAGGAAUCACGCGACAAUCUGUUGUGGAGUUGGCGAAAGAGUGGAAUUUGAUGAAGGUCUCCGAGACGAACUUCACGAUGAGCCAAUUGGCACGGGCGGUGCAAGAGAAACGGGUUCACGAGUUUUUUGUGUCGGGCACGGCGGCUAACGUGGGUCCGGUGUCAGAAAUAUUGCAUUGUGAUAAGGAGAAGGGGAUUAUGGAGAAGUUGUUGAUACCGACGAUGAGUAGUAAAAUGCAACUUUAUAAGAGACUUCAUACCGCUCUGUCCGAUAUUCACUACGGACGGAUUGAGAAACCAGAGUGGCAGCGUAUUGUUGAGCUUUGA